AUGGUGCCGGCGGGCCGGGACUGUGGUGGUAAAUGGGCCACUCAGUCGACCGGCCUUUAUCUGGGACAGGUACGCAGUUCGGACGAUCCGCUUAUCUCCGGAGGCACCAACGACAAUCAAAACGAUAAUGAGCUUAGCGUUGCUACCGCGUCCCAGUCAAUGUGUUCAUCACCCACUCCCCCACCCACGCAGAAGCAUCGCAACAGCAUUGUCGUGCCCACGUCGAUCCUCUCGCCAGAACUUCCCGAUACGCCCGUAUCGCCACUGCCCACGCCCACGAAGCAAUCCGGUGGUCAGUCGAAUCGCCGGGGGGCUGCUGCCGGAGGUGCCGGCCGUCAACGACGCAAAGGGCCCAUCAAGUUACGGUUUCACCACCAAGCCCUGCCACCAGAAUAUCUGGACCAUUAUGAGGCAACCCAGAACAUCGCAGCCAAACGAGAACAACAGCAGCAACUGCAAAACUACGGCGGAACACGUUCUGGCAGGAUGGAAAAGCAAGCGGAACAGGAACGUGAAGACCGCACCAACGAAUCGGUAAGGAAUUGGCUACAGAAGAUUUUGGAACUUCAAAAAGAGGGCGUUUCCUUGGCGCCCGUUAAAGAUGAAACGGAAUCCGCCUUACAACGGUCAUCUCCUGGAACCCAGAGGAAUAAAGUCGUCAGCUAUAGCGAUUUACCGUACAUGGGUGAAAUGACUUUGGAGAAUUCAAAACCUCGAAGAGGCAGAAAGCCAAAGAAGGCUGACAUCUGCCAUUUGAUAUACAAGAAUUAUGGUACAAUAUUGCCAGGAACGCCCAAACCAGAAUCUCUACAAGAUAGGGCAAACAAUGGACAUCGGACACAAACUAGGAGCAGUAGCUUACUAGAAAGACGCCUGAUGUCCAACGACAAAAAUCUCCAGGAUGGAAGGGGAAAACGAGAAGAACCAUUGAAUCUUUGUGUCAGAGAUGGCGGAGGUGAUCCACUAGAUUUAUCGAGUUCAGAAAAUGAAAGCGAUGAAGUCUACGAGUCUUCAUGUCCAACGCCAAUCAUUACACCAACUGACAUCAACACUGACCAAGUACUUGCUUCAAAUAUGAAAAUGUCACUGCCAAACCUGCACAGCACUGGUGCAGCAACACCGUCUAGUGGGGAUACUCCAUCAACAGCGGACACCCCACCGGGCUACAUGUACUGGCCAAAUAUGGGAAGUUUUAUUCACCCUAUGGCUUUGUACUAUCAGAAACUAGUUGAUACCAACAACACGAUAACUCCUGGUCAAUCCAGCUCAUCUCCUUCUAAUUCAGUUCCCAGUACUCCAACUGAAAUACUGAACCCCAAACUACCCGUUACAUCAAACAGUUCAACACCAUCGCCUUCAUCACCGGUCGCACCUAAACAAGAGCCACAGCAUACACUGAUUCCCAAACCAAUUUCCCAACUCAUCAAACCAGAAAAAAUCUCCAAACCUCAAUCAGACUCGCAAUCGUCCACCAGCAAAAACUCACCCCCGACCCAGAAACGAAAACGAUCAGCCAUCUUCAUCCCGCCAGUUCCGGCGGAAAACAGUACAAAUCCUGCCACGGAAGUUAGCAUUUGUAAGUUCAAGUUUACUGGUGGGGCCAAACCGUGCCUCCAGGAGAAAAAGAUGCUCAGUGUAGACUCUGGAGGAAACUUCCGGUAUUACUCCGGAACGGGAGAUAAAUCUAUGCGAGGCUAUGAGUUCUUCCCCCGUGAGAGUCUACAACAGAGCAGUCUCCACUCAACUACCACUACCGGAGCAUUCCUGAACACUCCUCCGGUUGAGAAAAUAGCCUGCGAUCUGCCACCUCCAUCGCUGGGACUUAGCAACGACAUUCUGCAAAUCCCGGACUUUCCCAGUGCAGCUAGUCUAACCGGAUUGGCUUCACCGGGAAACUCUUUGAACCAGCACCGACGUCAACAACCUUCCGAGCACAGUGAAGCACGUCGUGCCAGGCGUCGUUCACGGCGCUCGUCUCAGCGUGAGUCCCUGGAGAAAACUUUCAAGGAGAAAGGGUUCCUCAUCCAAACCCAACAAAUGCAAUCGGCUGAAGCUGGAAAGACUAUCUUCCCGGAGAGCUACAACAGCAGCAGGGAACGACUUCCGGAGAGCAUCCUCACGAUGGGCUGUCAAUGAGUGGCUCUGUAGACCUUCGCCUGGACGAGGACAGUCCUCUUCUCGAGUGUCCCAGUUCUCGUGCAAGCAACGGCCUCAGCGAAAGAUCCGCACCAACUCCAUCAUCCAUUUCAACCCCACCACCGGAAGUAAUGCAAUUGGAAGUCCACC